AUGCCGCGUACACCUAUUUACCCCGAGGUGGAGAAGUUCAUUAUCCUCAAGAAACGUGCAAAGCUGGAAAAGGUAAAAUCUGAUAGUGCGAAGAAAAGCUCAACCACUCAAACCCCCAAGAGAACAUACAAGAAAAAGGAACGACCUGCAGGUCAGAAUUUAGAUGUGGCUCAACUUACAAGCUCUUUUGCUGAGCUAUCCGCCACUAUGAAUGGUAACUUGUUUGUUCCGGAAAAUGGAUUGAAAAAUUAUGGACAAUCUCUAUCAACUGCAUGCGAGACUGUCGCAACAACGUACAAUAAUUAUUAUAUUAAAAACUUUGAAAAUAUCUAUAAAGUCGGCUGUAUCAAGAAAUUAGUGUAUAAUCAUGUAUAUGAUCAAGUAUUUACACAUCCCCAGCUUUCUUCUAUACCUGCUGAUAUUCUCGCCUUUUUUGAUCCGGAUGUGGGUAAUAAUCUCACAAGUUUUCUAAAUCCUUUGAUUUUAGAGGUGAAAAAUCGCAUUUCUACGCUUCCGCUAUCUAAAGAAAGCUUGAACAAUGAACCCUUCAAGAUUUUACCGGCUUUACGGUAUAUCCUUGAAAAAUACGAUGGUAUAUACAACGCCCAAGCUACUCAAAAUGACAAAAUUGAUUCGAUGAAGUCUCCACUCCCAAGACGUUUUAGUCUAUUUCCAAACCCUUCAUUACACUGGCGGUUCAUAAAGAUUGAUUCCCAGAACCUAAGUGGAAUUUUUCCAGAUGCUAAGCAGAAUAAGCAAUCUAAUGAAUCCUCUUUCGAUCAUAAACAAAGAUGCUUCAAUCAAAUGUUUGACUUUAAGAGGCUGGGUAUUCAGAACGAAGAGAUCAACAAGCACUUUCGUCCGUGUACUGUAGAUCCAGGAAGACGGGACCCGUUUGUCUCUAAUCACGGUGGUAGUGACAUACGCCGAUUGUCCUCAUCUGAGUAUUACAAUAUGGGUGGAAAUGUAACACGAAUGAAAGAGCAACAGAAGCACAAACAUAGACUGGGUAUUGAAAAAAUUGAAACAGACAUUCCUUCACCUAAAACUGCGUCUGUGGAGCAAUUUGUUUUGUAUAUAACUUAUAUGUCGCAGCAUAUGAAUACUUUAUUUGAUUUCUACGACUUUGAAACUGCCAAAGUUAAGUGGUUGAACUACCUAAGUUCCCAAAAAGUCAUUCAAGAAAGUGUUAAUAUUUUGAUAAAUGGGGGGAAAAAGUAUAAUAAAGACAAGAGAAAAAAAACAAGGAAGAACAGAAAAAGAAGAAAAAAAAAUCGCAGACCUCGUACUAAUCCUAAAGAAAGAAUACUCAUCACUACGCCUAAAUCAAAAAGGUACAUAUGCACUUUUCUUUUGUCAUCAUAA